CAUGUUACAGAAAGUAUCACGUUGCCAGUGAAUAAAUGUCUAAACAAGAAGCUGAUAUUCGAGAGAAAAAACGUAGUGAUUUGGUUGAUAUCAUUGGCUUACUUCGACUUCGUUUGAUGGAUGCUGUUCAGGAUGAAGUAAAUUCAUGCGGUGAAACAGUUGCGAAGAUUAUGGAUGGCAUAUUGCCCGAGGACGAAGGAUCUUUGGCUGCUGCGCCGUAUGAUAAUUUGAUGGAAGACGACACAGAAAGUGUGUCAGAUCAGCUGGGUGAUUGUGACUAUGCCAUUGAUCCUGUAACAGCAUCAGCCAUCAAGCAAUGUGAAGAGGUCUUGGAAGAAACCGCUUGGGAAAGCUGUAGAAAAGGCUCUCAGGAAAUUCCCAAAGAGCCAGAACUGAGCAAUGAAGAACCUGAACACUCAAAAGAAGCAACAGGUGAGGAAAAUGUAGAAUCGGUCAUUCAGAAACUAUUUAUGGAAGCUGCCAAGGUGGUUAUCAAACUGUUAGAGAAUGAAGAAACCGAUGAAAGCACAGCCUGUGAUCAUUAGGUUCCCUUCGUAAUUGCAUGUGAAGUUACCGCAUUGUUAUCUGAAUUCGAUGUCCUUUACUCUUCGUCGUUGAACAGCUGUUAAAAUUAGUCAUAAAACAUUUUUAAAGUGCGA